UGAAAUGGACGAUUCUGAAAUGGAAGAUGCUCAAAUGAACGAUCCUGUAAUAGAGCGGCAUCAGCACAUUCUAGAUGAGCUAAUAAACUUUGAAACUGCAGUGGAAAUAUUAACAGAGCAUUUUGAGAAAGGAGAUACGGUGGAUAUUUUCGAAAUUCAUCGAGCAGGCAAUUCAAGUUAUGAACAACAAAAGCAAAACUUGAACGAUUAUCUUACACAAGCAGAUGACACAUAUUUGGAACCAUUUCUAAGAAAAUAUGACGUUCUGGAUGGGUUGCUAAGCAAGCACACUAAAAAAGAAUGUAUCAAGCUUCUUUUCGAACUUCACAAUUUCCACCGACUAGAUUGCUUACAAUUUCCUUUAAGUUCAAGAAUUAGUGAACUACUAAGAUCCAUUAAAAGUAAUAUCUAUACAGCCACAAGUAAUUUGAAGUUCCGGAAUUACUUUGAAUCGUACGCAGAUCUCAGUAUGUUUCUUCGAUUUGAACUAAAUGAAGUUAAUAUAAAGGAAUCUAAGAAUAUUAGGUACUACAGGAUGAAAUCUCUAGUAGGUAAUUUUAUCCCGGUGUCAACAACCUGGAUCAAUUAUGAGGUACCCACUGACUUAACAUUUAGAAUAACUACUUCAAAACUUGGGUAUUGUUCUAUUUUGCCAGAUAACUUAGAGGACGAAAAUAGAAUCAUCCUGGAACAGUAUGCAAAACUGAACUUUAUUAAGAAUAUAAUAAAACCCUUGCUUAACAUCUUGAAUCUAAGUUUAGAAGAGGAUAUUUCACUGAUAACUGGUCCAUAUUACUCUAUUAAUAAAGCACGUAAACCAGAUAUUACUAUCAGAUAUGAUGGGCAUGAUAGAUUACCUAUCCAAGUAAAAAAGUUUUCGAACAGAGAUUAUUUCAAUACGAAAUCUGAACCUGAAGUUGGUUUGGAACCAGGAAUUGAAUUGAUUGAGACUUUUAGCCUGGUUCUUUAUCAUUGUCUUUCAUUGAAAUCUUUCGUUGGAAUAUUAUCAAAUUGCAAUGACAUGAUUGCCAUUGAUUUUAGUGAUUCUAUUCUACUGAAUGAAUUCUAUAAAUUGGACGACGAACCUAGGAUCUUGAGGAACAUUUCUUGCCGCAUGUAUAAACUAACUAAUAUACUUCAAAUGCUUUUUUUCAUUAAGAACUUUAUCGAAAGUCCACAGCGAUUAGACCAAGUCCUUGUUAAAAGCUUAAAAAUAAUAGGAAACAAGAAAAAAAUGGUUGUUAACUCCCUUCAUAGAAAUUUGAACAGAAGAUUCCCUCAACUACUUAAUGAAACACCUCCACCUUCUCGGAUGGACAUCAAUAACAAGCAUCUAGCUCUCCAACCAAGUAAUGGUCUUAAUGUUUUAGCUGAUGAGGCCAUGUAUGAUUUAUUUGGCUCUGCUAAUUUAAACAUCACAAAACUAAUUCAUAAUAUGCCACGAACACCACAGAUGACUUGUUUUAACGUUCUAUUGAAUAAUAUUAAGUGGAUCGAAAUAUUUGCCGGUGCCAAAUUUGGAAGUAGCGAUUCUAUCGUGGUAAAAGUGCAGACUAAAUCUCAAACCGAAGAUAUACUUAAAAUAUUCGAUCCUAUUAGAUCAGAAACAUUAACAUAUGCAAAUGGUGAUACAAUAAGGAGUUUAGGAAUUUGUUUUAAUAACUUUGUUAAAGAAUUACUUAGUCUUUAUCAGCUCCGAGAACAUGACUUUGUACCUAAAGUUUCUGAGAUUGGUAUUAUUUAUAGCAACGACAGCAAAUAUGAGUAUCAAUUAACUAUCACAAAUAAUAAUGUGACUGGCUUUUAUUUCAAUUACGCUUUUAUUAAAGGUAUACCAUUUGGUGAAUUAACUUAUCUUCAGAGGUAUUCAUUUAAAAAGACCUUAAAUUCAAUAGUAGGUAAAAUGCACGAUACAGGAGUAGUGCAUUUGAACUUGAACGAGAACAAUAUUAUUGUUGAAGAUUUGGCUUCCAAAAAAAUUAAAAUAGUAGGAUUUUCGUCCCUGAUGUUGCAGCGGACGGGGACAAGCUAUUGGCCUUAUGCGCCUUAUGCUAGAUAUAAACGAUACAAUAAAUGCGUGAAUUUUAAGAAGUUGAAAGAAAUGGACUGUGCAGAUGUAAGAAAACUCCUUUCUAAAAGAGAAUUUAAGCGUUCAAACAAAAAAAAGCUGAAUCGGACACAUCCUUUGAAUACAUAUUGAUCUUGUCUUUGACUACUUCUAUU